AUGGCCACUCCAGACCGAGACGAACCGUCUAUUCCUGAACUUCAGGCAGCAUUGGGUCCGUUGCUCCUCACGCGUGCAUCACCAUCAGGUUCUGCCACUCAAGCACCAGGUUCCUACUCCGUAGCACGCGGCUGUCCUGACACCCUCCCUCCCAAGGAGCAAGUACUACCCAAAUGGACUGGCGCGUUCAAGCUCUUCGACUUUCCGCGAGAACUACGAGAUAGAAUAUACUACUACGUCGUCUAUGUUCCAGGAGGCAUACACUACACCACGCACACCAAUGCAGAUCUCCAGAACAGGCCUAGCUCCGACAUCAUAAACAUGCUCCUUGUUUCCAAGCAAGUCUACCAGGAGGCGUUACAGAUGUUCGGGAGGAGCAACACCGUUGCGCUAUCCACUCGAUACAGUCCGCGAGAAGGGUACCGCAAGCCACUUACCGGCCUGCUUCGUCUGUUUCCCGAUCCGGCAGCGGAUGCGUUGACGAAGGUGAGCCAUGUUUACCAUGACACUAUUGCACGACCCUCUGGAAUUUGGGGUUAUGCCCCGAGUCACGGCAGUAUUGCUGAUGGAGGGGAUGGCACAGGGCAUUUUCACAAGCGUCAGCAGCCUGGGGAGACGUUCCUGGAGAUUUUGAGGGAUGCGCAUGCUGUCGCGCAGCGUUUCCCCAAGCUCAGGGUCUUCGACGUGGUGUGGUAUAUCGGGUCAGGAUUUCACGAGUAUCCGAUACCUGAAUGCGUUGUACGCAAUAUUGCAAAGUUCUUGAAGAACUCGGGGAGCCAGGAGGAGGCAGUAAAGAUGUGGCUGGAUCUUAUGCGAGGAUGGUUGCAGAAGGGCAACGUGGUCCCAUUGCAAUGCGUGUGGUUUAUCCCGCAAGGAUUUCGUGCAGAUGGCUUCGGGUGGGAUUUGGAACAGGCUGCGAACGAGGCGUAUCAGAUGGUGGUGAGGGAGAUGAAGGAUCGGGAGGAUAUUGAGGCCAGUGGAAAGGUGUGGUUGGAGGAGAUGGAAGCAGCCAACAGGACUAAGAAGAAGAGGAAGAGUGGAAGGAAGACGGCGCAGAAGUAG